AUGCCCGAGCCGGCCAAGUCCGCCCCCGCCCCCAAGAAAGGCUCCAAGAAAGCCGUGACCAAGACCCAGAAGAAAGGCGACAAGAAGCGCCGCAAGAGCCGCAAGGAGAGCUACUCCAUCUACGUCUACAAGGUCCUCAAGCAGGUCCACCCCGACACGGGCAUCUCCUCCAAGGCCAUGAGCAUCAUGAACUCCUUCGUGAACGACAUCUUCGAGCGCAUCGCCGGCGAGGCCUCCCGCCUGGCGCACUACAACAAGCGCUCCACCAUCACCUCCCGGGAGAUCCAGACGGCCGUGCGCCUCCUGCUGCCCGGGGAGCUGGCCAAGCACGCCGUCUCCGAGGGGACCAAGGCCGUCACCAAGUACACCAGCUCCAAGUGAGCGGGUUGGCUGCUGCUGCUUCGCGAGGAGA